GUUCCUCUUAGUGAUCGACAACAAAUAAAUAUAUCUAAUAUAAUUUUAGUUAACAAUUAUUUACUCUUAAUAUAAUUCAAGUAUCUAGUUACAAUAAAAUGAGAUUUAAUUUUUCUGGAUAGUUUUUCUUUGUUCAGUAUUCUGUAGUGUUGAAACAUGUUCAAAAUCGGCUCUAUUUUAGCUGGUUUUCGUGCGAUGAGUUUCAACAAAAUUAUGAAUUGCAGGUUAGUUUCUAAUUUGUCUCCCAACUAUUAUGCUGUUCUAGGAUUAGAACCAAGAGCAUCAGAGGACAAUGUGAAAAGUGCCUAUUAUGAAUUAUCUAAGAAGUAUCAUCCUGAUAGAAACUUAGGCGACGAGACAUCAACAAAAAAGAUUUUUGAAAUUAAUGAGGCCUUUGAAGUUCUUGGUAAUAAAACGAAAAAAGUGCAGUAUGACGAGACUUUCUUUCCUGUCAAAGAGAAAACUGUUCAUAAGGCGCAUUUCAUUUAUGAACACAGCGAGUUUUAUGAACCACCCAUUAAUGACUCUAGAGUUUAUAGAAAAAAGAAUCCUUAUUCAAGUAUACAAUAUGUGCAGUAUGCAAGGCAUACCAAAGGAGUAAAAAAGAGAAAAAAUAGACAUGCACAUCAGAAAUACGAUUUUUGUAAAUGUAUGGGUACUAAAAAAUUCUCAUUUCUGUAGUGAUUGGAAUAAUUGCUGCAUUAAAGAACUCUUUGAAAUAAUUUCUUAUGUUUUAAAUGUAUAAAUAUGUUUUAUGGAAUAAAAUGCUUUAUUAUAUUA